AGGACCCGGCUGCGGCGGCGAGGGAGGAGGAAGAAGCGGAGGAGGCGGCUCCCGCACUCGCAGGGCCGUGCCACCUGCCCGCCCGCCCGCUCGCUCGCCCGCCGCGCCGCGCUGCCGACCGCCAGCAUGCUGCCGAGAGUGGGCUGCCCCGCGCUGCCGCUGCCGCCGCCGCCGCUGCUGCCGCUGCUGCUGCUGCUGCUGCUGGGCGCGAGUGGCGGCGGCGGCGGGGCGCGCGCGGAGGUGCUGUUCCGCUGCCCGCCCUGCACACCCGAGCGCCUGGCCGCCUGCGGGCCCCCGCCGGUCGCGCCGCCCGCCGCGGUGGCCGCGGUGGCCGGAGGCGCCCGCAUGCCAUGCGCUGAGCUCGUCCGGGAGCCGGGCUGCGGCUGCUGCUCGGUGUGCGCCCGGCUGGAGGGCGAGGCGUGCGGCGUCUACACCCCGCGCUGCGGCCAGGGGCUGCGCUGCUAUCCCCACCCGGGCUCCGAGCUGCCCCUGCAGGCGCUGGUCAUGGGCGAGGGCACUUGUGAGAAGCGCCGGGACGCCGAGUAUGGCGCCAGCCCGGAGCAGGUUGCAGACAAUGGCGAUGACCACUCGGAAGGAGGCCUGGUGGAGAACCACGUGGACAGCACCAUGAACAUGUUGGGCGGGGGAGGCAGUGCUGGCCGGAAGCCCCUCAAGUCGGGUAUGAAGGAGCUGGCCGUGUUCCGGGAGAAGGUCACUGAGCAGCACCGGCAGAUGGGCAAGGGUGGCAAACAUCACCUCGGCCUGGAGGAGCCCAAGAAGCUGCGACCGCCCCCUGCCAGGACUCCCUGCCAACAGGAACUGGACCAGGUCCUGGAGCGGAUCUCCACCAUGCGCCUUCCGGAUGAGCGGGGCCCUCUGGAGCACCUCUACUCCCUGCACAUCCCCAACUGUGACAAGCAUGGCCUGUACAACCUCAAACAGUGCAAGAUGUCUCUGAACGGGCAGCGUGGGGAGUGCUGGUGUGUGAACCCCAACACCGGGAAGCUGAUCCAGGGAGCCCCCACCAUCCGGGGGGACCCUGAGUGUCAUCUCUUCUACAAUGAGCAGCAGGAGGCUCGCGGGGUGCACACCCAGCGGAUGCAGUAGACCGCAGCCAGCCGGUGCCUGGCGCCCCCGCCCCCGCCCCUCUCCAAACACCGGCAGAAAACGGAGAGUGCUUGGGUGGUGGGUGCUGGAGGAUUUUCCAUUUCUGACACAUGUAUUUAUAUUUGGAAAGAGACCAGCACCGAGCUCGGCACCUCCCCAGCCUCUCUCUUCCCAGCUGCAGAUGCCACACCUGCUCCUUCUUGCUUUCCCUGGGGGAGGAAGGGGGUUGUGGUCGGGGAGCUGGGGUACAGGUUUGGGGAGGGGGAAGAGAAAUUUUUAUUUUUGAACCCCUGUGUCCCUUUUGCAUAAGAUUAAAGGAAGGAAAAGUAAA